AUGGGAAGAGGGCAGAAGUCUCUGCUUUGGUCUCUGACCUGCACUGCUUGGCUCCUGCUUCUCUCAACUGAAGGGAAAAAGAAUCCUGAAAGAACCAAAAAAACAGACAAACAAAACAACUACAUCACAGAGAGAGGAGCCCACUUCCUAGUUUUUAUGGAAACCAAAUUUGUAGCCAAAGAAAGCCUAAAAGAAUCUUUUUGUUCUACAGGGCAAGAAUCCGCCAGGCCUGAAGUGAUGACCCAGUUUGGUUGGGUCCGUGGGAAACAAGUCGCUGUCAAGGGAACUGAUCAUCAUGUGGAUGUUUUCCUAGGAGUGCCAUUUGCCAAGUCCCCAGUGGGAGCUGGGAGAUUCGCUCCCCCGCAGCCUGUGGAGCCAUGGGAGGGUGUAAAAGAUGCCACUGCAUUCCCCCCAAUGUGUUUGCAGGAAUUAGAAAGGACAGAACUUAUGAAAAAUACUUUAGAUGGGAAACAGCAACUCUUUCCAAUAUCAGAAGACUGUCUCUACCUCAACAUCUACACCCCAUCCUCCAGACAUGAGAAGGAGAGGUUACCUGUGAUGGUCUGGGUACAUGGUGGGGCAUUAGCGAUUGGAGCAGCUUCCUCAAUGGAUGGAUCACCUUUAUCAGCCUAUGAAGAUAUUGUGGUGGUAGUGGUACAAUAUAGACUGGGAUACCAGGGGUUCUUGAGCACUGGGGAUAAGUUUGCAACUGGUAACUGGGGAUUCUUAGACUUGGUGGCUGCUUUGAAAUGGGUCCAGGACAACAUUGCUAACUUUGGAGGAGACCCCAGCUCUGUGACCAUCGCUGGCCAAUCUGCAGGAGCAAUUUGUGUCUCUGCACUUGUUCUGUCUCCUAUGACCAAAGGCCUAUUCCAUAGAGCCAUCACCCAAAGUGGGGUGGCCAUUACGCCAGGCUUCAUCGUAGAAAACCCUCAGCCCAUUUUUCAGGAGACUGCUCACUUGUAUGGCUGUGAAGGUUCCAGCUCAGAGGACUUGAUCCAGUGCUUACGAACUAAGGAGAACAUGAUAUUGAACAGGAAUUUCUCAUCUAGAACAAUGAUCCCGGCAAAUGUGGAUGGUGUUUUCUUGCCAAAGCUACCAGAAAAGCUGCUCUUAGAGAAUGAAAUCCCAAGAAUUCCCUAUCUGCUUGGAGUCAACAACCACGAGUUUGGGCAUGCAAUAUUUUCAGCAUGGAUCUCCAAAAAUCUGGAAAAUGGAAUGACAAAAGAGGAUGCCCUCACGUUGUUGAGGAGCCAGAGCACUCUCCUGGGUAUCCCCCCUGAACUGAUCCAUUUAGUCACAGAUGAAUACAUGGGUAACCAGACAGACCCACUCGCCAUUAGGGAUGCAACUCUGGAUAUAUUUGGAGAUGUGGUCGGGGUUUUUCAAGCUCUGAAGGUAUCAAAGGAAUACAGAGAUUCUGGUGCUCCAGUCUACUUUUAUGAAUUCCAGCAUCGGCCAAGUGCUUUCGAUAAGAUCAAACCUGCUUAUGUAAAAGCUGACCACUCAGCUGAGCUCACAUUUGUUUUUGGAGGCCCUUUCAUGGCAGAUGAGCGCUCCAUGUUGGGAGGACUAGGAAGACUUGAAACUGAAAAGUUACAGCAGCUGGAGAUGGGGAUGGUUGAAAUAGUUGGAGGCCACAAGCAUUUCCCAAUAAUGCCUGGAGUAGUUGAUGGACAGUUCCUGCCCAAACACCCUGAAGAGCUACUGGCUAUGAGAGAGUUUCACCAAGUCCCUUCCAUCAUUGGUGUCAAUAACCAUGAGUAUGGUUGGCUUAUUCCUGCGAGCAUUGUGAUCUACAGACCUCCUGGAGCACCUCCAGUCAGGGUACUGUGGGCUCCUAGACUACCAGAGUGUACAGCUCACAACACAGCUUCCAACUUCUUGAAGAUUUCCCAACAAAGCUCUGCAGGAUUUCAACCCUCAAGAGCACCCCUGGUCAGACCCCUGGGAUCUUCGGGUGCCUCUAGAGAGUCCCUCCUCAGAGCACUGGCAGGCUUAUGGUCUGUUUAUCUGAGCUCAUUGCUGUCUGGGCAGAUUAGAGGAGAAACAGUUGAGAAAACAGGGUCACAAAAACCUGUAGAGGAGAGAGUGUCCAAGAGAAAGUGGUCAACAGUGUCAGAGGUUGUAAAGAGGUUAAACAAUAGCAGGAUUGAGAAACAGCCUUUGGAUUUGGUAAUUAGGAGAUCACUGAUAACUUUAGAGAAAGCUAUUUCAACUGAAGAUCCAGCGGAGGUGGAACCCUGCAUUACAGUAGGUUUACAAGAGAAUGAGAAGAUGAGAAGUAAAGUACUGCUUGAGAACCGCCCCAGGUCCAAGUCCAACACCCCUCCCUUGGACUUGAUCCCCAGACUUCUUGGCUUCAUAGGAUGCCAGGCUGGAAGCAACAUCCUGCCUGGGAUCUUGACUCCUCUGUCCCUGUGGCUCCAACCCUUAGAACAGUCUGUCCGUAAUGUACUCUCCAGUGCAGGACUUGAGGGGAGCUGUCUUGCUCUGAGUGGGUCCACAAGCUUUCUUGAUGCCUUCCUACAUUCCUCUGAUGUUUCCCGUGUCCGCAGCAACCUGUAUUUCCUCACUGAGCUCAACCCAAUAUUCAUUCACACACUGCCUCGCAAUUUGCUGAGCAUUUCUUCUCACAGCAUCUUUCCAGAGUCUGCGAUUUGCGUUUCCUGCAAAGCCGCAAUGUCAACAUUUAGUCUCCGUAGCUUGUUGUUUAUCAACACUGUUUUCCGAAAGUCUCUGACUGCUUGUAGGUCGUUUGAGAGUCCGGUCACCAUAGUCCGGACAUUCCAACUGCCCAACUUUAGGGUAGGUGGCUUGGAAUGGCAAGAGUCCGCCAGGCCUGAAGUGGUGACCCAGUUUGGUCGGGUCCGUGGGAAACAGGUCGCUGUCAAGGGAACUGACCAUCAUGCGGAUGUUUUCCUAGGAGUGCCAUUUGCCAAGUCCCCAGUGGGAGCUGGGAGAUUUGCUCCCCCGCAGCCUGUGGAACCAUGGGAAGGUGUAAAAGAUGCCACUGCAUUCCCCCCAAUGUGUUUGCAGGAAUUAGAAAGGACAGAACUUAUGAAAAAUACUUUAGAUGGGAAACAGCAACUCUUUCCAAUAUCUGAAGACUGUCUCUACCUAAACAUCUACACCCCAUCCUCCAGACAUGAGAAGGAGAGGUUACCUGUGAUGGUCUGGAUACAUGGUGGGUCAUUAGCUAUUGGAACGGCUUCCUCAUUGGAUGGAUCACCUUUAUCAGCCUAUGAAGAUAUUGUGGUGGUAGUGGUACAAUACAGACUGGGAUACCAGGGGUUCUUGAGCACUGGGGAUGAGUUUGCAACUGGUAACUGGGGAUUCUUAGACUUGGUGGCUGUUUUGAAGUGGGUCCAGGGCAACAUUGCUAACUUUGGAGGAGACCCCAGCUCUGUGACCAUCGCUGGCCAAUCUGCAGGAGGACUUUGUGUCUCUGCACUUGUUCUGUCUCCUAUGACCAAAGGCCUAUUCCAUAGAGCCAUUGCCCAGAGUGGGGUUGCCAUUUUGCCAGGCUUCAUCAUAGAAAACCCUCAGACCAUUUUUCAAGAAACUGCUCACUUGUAUGGCUGUGAAGGUUCCAGCUCAGAGGACUUGAUCCAGUGCUUACGAACUAAGGAGAACAUGAUAUUGAACAGGAAUUUCUCAUCUAGAACAAUGAUCCCGGCAAAUGUGGAUGGUGUUUUCUUGCCAAAGCUACCAGAAAAGCUGCUCUUAGAGAAUGAAUUCCCAAGAAUUCCCUAUUUGCUUGGAGUCAACAACCAGGAGUUUGGGCAUGCAAUAUUUUCAGCAUGGAUCUCCAAAAAUCUGGAAAAUGGAAUGACAAAAGAGGAUGCCCUCACGUUGUUGAGGAGCCAGAGCACUCUCCUGGGUAUCCCCCCUGAACUGAUCCAUUUAGUCACAGAUGAAUACAUGGGUAACCAGACAGACCCAUUCGCCAUUAGGGAUGCAACUCUGGAUAUAUUUGGAGACAUAGUUGCGGUUUUUCAAGUUCUGAAGGUAUCAAAGGAAUACAGAGAUUCUGGUGCUCCAGUCUACCUUUAUGAAUUCCAGCAUCGGCCAAGUGCUUUCAAUAAGAUCAAGCCUGCUUAUGUAAAAGCUGACCACUCAGCUGAGCUCACAUUUGUUUUUGGAGGCCCUUUCAUGGCAGAUGAGCGCUCCAUGUUGGCUUUUCCAGGUGCCACUGAGGAGGAGAAACAUCUAAGCAGACUAAUGAUGAGAUACUGGGCCAAUUUCUUUCGGAAGGGGGACCCCAAUGGAGAAGGACUGCCCGACUGGCCUCUCUAUGACCAAUCAGAGCCAUACCUAGAGCUCACCUUGACUCCAAAAAGUAGAAGGAAACUCAAAAAGGAAAAAAUGGAGUUUUGGGGAAAAUUCUUUCGUGAAACUGUUGAGCCAUAUUAUGAAGGAAAGAAAGUUCACUUGGAGUUGUGAUUUUUCCAACGCUGAACUAACUUACCACAUUAAAGACCAAAGCAUUUAAAGGGAUCACUUUAAGAUCUUAGUAAACAUUCUGUGUGUUUACAACAAACCAAACAACCAAAAUAGCCAAGUAAAAAUUUACAACCAAAA